AUGUUCCAGCUGGAGCUGGGUCAGAGGAGGAACUCGCGGACGCGCUCCAGGCAGAUUCUGCAGGGUCAGGGAGGAGCUACAGGCCGGGCUGCCCUUGGAGUGACACAGAAACCCAUUCUCUGGUCGCAGGGAAUGAUUUUCCUCCCGCAGUCACCCCUCCCACACUCCCGUGCAGUCAGUCCCACAAUGGUGCAGCUCCACACGCGGGCAGCGAGGGGAGGACGCUGCCGCCGGCAAGGGCGUGUGUCGAGCAGGCAAACGCAUCCCGGAGGGAAGCCCCGGCUGGGCUGGAGAAGCGGCCUGGCUUCCGCACGGCCAUUGUUCUUUCCGGGAACGGGACGCCGCGUAUCCCGCGUCCCUGUCCGCCGGGCGGGGCGGGCUCCCCGCUCCCCUGCGCGCUCCCGCUUCCCGCAGGGCUUCGCUCCUUUAGAAGGUCCCGCUGCUUUCCCGGGGCCACAGCGGGGCAAGAGCACCGUGUCCCCUCCCUCCCGAGGGGCUUCGCUCACACAACCUCGCACCUCGCCCCUCCUGCCGCCCUUCCGUGUCCCCAGGGGCUCGCAGGGAGCCCCGGGACAGCGCCUCAGGAUCGCGGGCGGGAUAGGGAGGGGACCAGAGGCGCGCCCCCCUGGCAGGGCGGCCGGGAAGAGCGAGCAGCUGCUGCCGGGAUUCUCCCGGGGAGACGGGGGGAGCCCCGCAGGGAUGGCGGGACCGACCCCGCCACCGCCGCCCGCUACCUGCUUCCCCUCCCCCAGCGGGUCGGAGGUUGCCGUGGCGACGGAUCAACACCAUCCCCCGGGACAGGGCUCCUCGGGAGCCGCAGGCACGGCGCGGUCCGCACCCGCCUCCCACGGGGAUCCCCGUCCCGCCCCUCCCGCGGCGGCAGCGCGGCCGCCCCCGCGCAGCGACGUCAGCCCCGACGGGCUUUCCUGCCCCGGCGGUGCCCGCCCGCCGCCAUCGGCCACCGCCAUCGGCCACCGCCAUCGGCCACCGCCAUCGGCCACCGCCAUCGGCCACCGCCAUCGGCCACCGCCAUCGGCCACCGCCCGGGCACCCGCACCGGGGCCGCCGUGUGCCGUGCCCGCCGCCACCUCCGCGUCCCCCGUGCAGGCAAAGCUGCACCCGUUUAAGCUAAACCCCCUGUAG